ACAAUCCGGAGUCGAAGUCUGAUCUGCGUUGGUCGCGGGUGCACUUGAGACGGGAUGGUUCUUUCUUUUAUUCUGGUUCAGAAUCGCCAGGGUAAGACGCGCCUUGCGAAAUGGUAUGCGCCUUACAGCGAUGAGGAGAAAGUGAAGCUCAAAGGCGAGGUCCAUCGCCUGGUCGCCCCGAGAGACCAGAAAUAUCAGUCGAAUUUCGUCGAGUUCAAGCGCAGUACGAAGAUCGUAUAUCGGCGAUACGCGGGGCUGUUCUUCUGCGUGUGUGUUGAUGCCACCGAUAACGAGCUGGCGUAUCUCGAGGCGGUGCAUUUCUUCGUGGAAGUGCUGGAUCAGUUCUUUGGGAAUGUGUGUGAGCUGGAUCUAGUGUUUAACUUUUACAAGGUCUAUGCCAUUCUAGACGAGGUGUUCCUUGCCGGCGAGAUCGAAGAAACGAGCAAACAAGUGGUGCUCACGAGGUUGGAGCACUUGGACAAACUGGAGUGAGAUGUCGAGGUCGGGAACGGAGUAUACCCGACUACGGAGGAGACCAGGAGACCAGGAGACGGGCUGAUAUCAUUCAUUGCAUUGAGCGACCACGGGACAUGGUCCUCGCACGGAGUUAAGGUUUCAAUGGCUGUUACUGUAUAUUUGGAUAACCAUGCUUGCGAUCUGAGCUUGGCUUAGGAUAUUGAUUCGAGGGCCUUUCCAUUAUAGUUUUAUAUUAUCCCCAACAUGUUAAUAAACUCGCGUCAAGGAAUAGGAACGUAGGAAACAGGAAUUAUCUUGUACCUG